GCAUUUUGUCAAACUGAAUUCGCAAUCGGAUUUGAAGUAAAACAGUUGAUUUUCUGAUGUGUUCGUUGGCACAAUUCACAACAACAACUUCUAUGAAUAUCUAAUGGAAAUGACGUUUUUUUUUGCUUCGUGAGCAAGUGGAACGUGAACGGGUUAUAACUUUGAAUUAUAAUUUUAAACCAUUUGUCGUGACGCUUCAACGUAUUUGUAAUUGCAAAUGACUGAGUAAAAAAAAGUGUAGAAAACAAAUGACACAGAUCAAAAACGAAAAUCGGUGAACACAAAUUUAGUUAUAAAUGAUCUCAUCCACACCAUCAAACCAUGGAACGAAACAAUCAAAUGAUGUGUUCGCUUAAUUCUGAAUGGGUAACCAAAUCGAUUGAGUAUCAUGGCCAACCAUUACAGAAGGUUUGGGAAGGCGAACAUGGCAUUCAAAGUUUACAAAAUAUUGGAGUGCGUAAUCCCGAUUUUACAUUGUAUCAAAUGCGACAAAAGCAAUUUGUCUUCCAAGAUCGUGCCAAACGCUUAAAAAUCCAUUCGUUUAUUGCGAAGAAAGCAAAUGAAUUGUUCACAACUGAUCCGGGCAAAGAAUGUCUACGAUCAAAUAAUGCCAAUUUAAUUAUUGCCAAUGGCACAGGAUGUUAUGCCGAUAUGCCACCAUUGAAUGUAUUUCUUCCUGAAAAAGCCAAUCGCAGUAAUUUGGUGAAGAAAAUUUACUCGCAACUAAAAGUUGGCGAUAUUAUUUAUGGGAAAAUUCAAAGUUUGCAAACCGGAGGCUGUUUAAUUCGUUUAUUGUGUACACAUCCGCCAAACUUUCAUGUUUUCAAUGACGUUAAGGCCCGGGCAUUCUUGCCACAUUCACUUCAAAUACCGGCCAUCGAUAAUAAGGGCAUUGCUCGCACCUAUUUGUCAAACGAUUUGGUGUGCUGUGAAAUUAUUGAGGUGAAUGAAUUGAGCGAAAAAUUGGUGGUUGGCAUGAAAGGGCAAUAUUUCAAAUCCAGCAAUGAAACGACUGAUAUCAAACUUGGUUUAACACAAUCGAGUCAAUUGCCGGAAAAAUACAAGUUCGCAUCGGAGAUAGCGGGCCGAUCAUAUGAAUCGGUUUUAGAGGACUCGUCUGGUUUUGAUAAUCCACGGUGUAUUGAACAUUUAUGUGAAUUAAUUGGUUUGGAAUCAAAUACAUUUUAUACAAAUAUGAGUGGUUUACGGGGAAAGUAUCCAAAUGACGAAUAUUCGUCAGAAUUACGGCAAUCACAAGCAAGCAGUUGGGCAUUUAGGUCGGUUGCCGAUGGAAUUGAACAUUUUAAAGAAGGUCGCCACGCUGAAGCGUUUCAGUGCUUAAAUAAAGCAUUAACCAUUGAUCCGCGCAAUGUUGAAGGUCUUGUUGCACGUGGUGCACUUUAUGCAAAUAAUGGUUCAUUGAAAAAAGCGGUCGAAGAUUUUGAAUAUGCAUUGAAAAUAAAUCCAACGCAUUCGAAUGCUAGAAAGUAUAUGGGCGAAACUCUUGUCGCUCUUGGUCGAAAUUAUGAAGAAGAAAAUUGUCCAGAAGAAGCGAAAAAAGCAUAUCAAGAUUGUUUAACCAUUUUGCCACACCACGAAGAGGCACAAAAAUCAUUGAAUUUCUUGUGGAGUAAAGGUAGUGGUUCGUCGAAGCAAAUUAUCGAUAUGAAUGACUUGGCGUUGCCAGCGUUGAAUAUCAGAACAUCAGAACCGAAUCGUGGUGAUGCUUCGUCGGCAAUAAGUGGAAGCACAAAUGCUGAUACACGCAAAGAGAGCAGCAGCUCAAAGAAGGGAAAAAAGAAAAAGUCAAAGAGUCGUAAACGACAUUCGUCGAGUUCGUCGAGUAGUGACAGUAGUGAAUCAAGUGAAUCGAGCAGUGCUGAAUCGUCAAGUAGUAGCGAAUCGUCAUCAUCAUCAGAUUCGGACCGAUCAAAGUCACGCAAGAAGAAGAAACGAUCGGAGAAAUCGUCGCGUCAGCGAUCGAUGUCACCAUUAAGUCGUCGCAUGGCAAUGUUUAGUGGUGGCAUUGAUGGGAAUUUGGUCGAUAAUAGCAUGGCAGGAGGUAGUGCACCGUACAAUUAUCCGCCGCAAAUGUUUUCGGGCGUAUCGAGCUCAGACACUGCUCCCAUUCCGAAUGAUUACGAUUUGAGAGUGAGCAAAUUUUUAGAUAUGACUCGCGAUGAUGAUAAUUACGAGGAAAAGGUUCGGAAAUUCGUAGAAGAGGCUUCGAAAUACAAGAAGGAACGCAAGAAUCAAGAAUCGAAGAAGAAAGAUCGCAAGAAAUCGAAGAAAAACAAGAAGGAUAGCAAGAAAAAGAAGAAGGAGAAGAAAUCGAAGAGCAGCAAGAAAGACAAAGACGAUAUGAUUGAUGGCAACGAAUUACGUGAAGCUUUGAAGCUCAUCACAAAAUUGCCAAUUUUCGAUUUGAAUGCCAAGAAAUCUGACAUCGAAAUGGUUGAGAAGAGCUUGAGUCAACUCAAAGAAGACCCAUAUUCUUACAGAGAAAAAAAAAUGUCGAGUGCCGAAAGCAAACCAGAAGAGAAUGAGGGUAAAUGGAAAAUGCAAAUGUUCCCCAAAGACAGCAAAAAAGAAGCAUCCGCUUCCAAGUAUGCGUUCCCAAAUGAGGACGAAGAUCAAGAUGAUUCACUGAAUAUUCCAAAGCAAACAUCAUACGGUGCAUCACAUCCGCCAGCUUCAUAUCCAACCAAAUAUGAAACCAACAAGCAAUUACCAAUGCCAUCACAUCCACCGGCCGGUCCAUCCGUUCUCGAUAAAUUUGGUAACUUCCGUCGAGCUGACCAAGGUGACAUGUCUGACAAACCACCAGAGCCACCAAAUUAUCGAUCACGCUCACGCAGUCAUACUCGUAGCAGUCGCUCAUACUCUCGUUCUCGAAGUCGCUCACGUAGCUAUACCCGACGUCAUCGCUCACGAUCCUAUUCUCCACGUCGUCGCAGCUACUCACGUUCUAGAAGUCGUUCAGGCAGCCCACAUCGGCGACGCAUUGGUUAUCAGCAUAACAACAGACCUCGUUACUUCAACAACAAUCGUGGAGGAAAUCGAUUCAAUCGUGGUUUCCAAAAUCGAGAUUUUCGCAACAAUCGGAAUCGCUGGAACAAUAACCGCAACAAUGGCUGGAAUAAUAAUCGUGGUAAUCGCAAUCGUAAUUGGAGAUCACGAUCACGGAGCCCAUAUUCGCGUUCAAGAAGCCCAUACGAUCGGCGGCAAGAUAGCAAUCCACCAACGAAGCCACCAUCACCACCACCACAAGAAGUCAACCAGACUGAUGCUGUUCCAGCACCAAAUUAACUACAAACAAAAAUUUAUCGAUUUACAAACAGACUAUUAAAUACAAACACUCUUAAAGUAUUACAAGUAGCGAAC